CUCGCUGCUGUUGUCGAGAAACGAAGCCGGGAUGCGGCUGCUGAAGGGCGGCCUUAGCUUCCUGCUGCGGCCGGGGAUCUGUCGCGGGCCCGGCCGGCCCCUGUACCAGCAGGGCCAGAGCCCUUCGCCCCGCACCCGCGAAUACUUCUACUAUGUCGACCACCAAGGACAGCUUUUCCUGGACGACGCCAAAGUCAAGAACUUCAUCACGUGUUUCAAAGAGAAGCAGUUCCUCGUAUUCUUCUUCAAGCAACUCAAGCUGAACCAGAGCGGCCGCUAUGAGGACUCUUUCCCCUACCUGUCGCCCUGCGGUCGGGAGCACAACUACGUCCGCUGUGACGACCGGCCUGUCGUCUUCACCCACCUCCUGCGGGGAGCGUCUGGGGAGCAGCUGCUGUCUUACUGUGGUGGAGCAGACAGACUGGCAGUGCCCUUCCAGCCCGAGAAGCUGGUCAUGUUGCCCGAGAACGGGCGCGUCUACCACCCAGGCCCGGAAAAAGCCGGCGGCGUGGGGCUGGUGAAAUCGGCCCUGGCCUUUGAGCUGAGCCCUUGCUUUGAGUACGAGCGGGGGCCCAGCCGACCCCCCACCCAUUUUCACUGGCAGGACCAACGCCAUGCCCUCACGAACGAAUUGCUGCCGUUGAUCAGAGACAAAGAGGAUGCAGAGGGAGCUUAGAGACAGAGCUCGGGAGUGCUCCGUUCACCCACCUGUGAACCGUCACCUCCUUACCUGAGGAUAUGGGAGCCCCUGGAGCCAGUCUCUGUGAGGGCGGGGGGGGGGACAUUCUUCCCAUUAUUCCACGUGCCUUUUAAAAAGAAAUUCCAAGCAGCCAGAUGGAUGAAGCCAAUAGAAAUCUCGCAUUCAAGUCCAGCCAUCUUCCUGGGAAUGAUCACAAAGAGAAUCGCUGGGAAUAAAAUGGUUCUCCCCCUUG